AUUCGUACAGCACAUCCAUGUUGGACCACACCCCCCUGGUCAGCAACAAGUACAACCAGAUACUUCCUCGGGAGUGAUUUCUGGUGAUUUUCGUGAAUAUGCACAAGGAUCAUCAUUUUUAUCAUCAGUUUUGUUGUAGGUGCGACCUCGCGAGAGAAAUCGUUUGACGAAGCCUCUACUAAAUCAUUGUCUGACGCUGAUGGUUGUCCUUGCACCGUAUAUAAAGAUAAAGUUUCGUCAGGAUUAUCGAGGAAUGUUUAUAAAAAGGUCUUCAAAGGUAAACUGAAAUGUUUUGUUCAAUGCUUAUGGAAUUUUAUACAUUUUACAAUAUUUUGUUGAUAGAAGCAAAUAGUUAUAGAUAAUUUAGCCUAGAUCAACUUUGAUUUUGCAAGUAUAAAUUUACAAAAAUAAGCUCAUCUUACAAACUUCUCGAUUAAUCAUUUUGGUUGUGUCUGGCAUAGAUUGUAAUAACAUUGUAUAAUACAGUGGUUCCCAACCUAUUUAUGUCGACGCACACUAUUGAGCAUUUUGAAUAAUUGCGGCAUACCUAUCACAGAGCAUGAACAUUUUCUAUUCAUAAAUUCAUUUUGCUAUAAGAUAAUAAUAAACAAAGAACAUCAUAUAAGGGGAAUUUUUUCACGUAAUAGCAACCUAAUCUUGUUUGUUAAGAUUUAAUAAGUUUCUCCCAUUGUCGAAAUCAUUCAAUAGUGUUAUGGUCGGCACUUGCAAGCGAAUUGAAAUAAGUGUUCGGGAUAUAAAAUGAUCGUCAAUUCUACAACGCUUCCGUAAAGUAGUGUAAUUUACUAAAUUUAAUAUUAAUUUUCAUUGCAUCAGGGUUUGACCUACAACGCGUUUCGUCGGAAUACUGACGUGAUUACAGAAUGCAAGGGUGGGCAAAAUAGAAUAUUUUUAUCGAAUCUAAUAAUUCAAAUAUUUUUAACAAAUUGACGGAUAUCGGAUAUUUUUAGUAUAUAUACAACAGUCAUCCGGAACUGUAGACAUUCUAAUAUUGGUGAGCUAUUUCCACCGGUCCUCUUUUUUACAAGGACCAAUACUUACGCAACGGCGAACGUCGGUGUUUGGCUUUAUAUUCCUGCGAGAACUCUGCGUUCAUAUCGGAGAGAUAUGUUAUCGAGAGAUAGGAGUGGAUUGACUUUUAUUCUGAUUAUUAUCUUUUGCGUCAGCUUUGAACUUGCUCCCCACCGUUUAGAAAUUAUUUGUCCCAAUUUUAAGAUAACAAUAUGACCAUUUUUGACGCCGGAUUGUGGAUAGUUAGAAAGACCUUGGUUGAACCUCUUAUGAUUUUACUUUUUUAUCGUGGCUGUUUUAUUUUCGUAUUAAAUACGGAAUAAGAACCUGGCAAAGACAUUGGUGAGUUUUAUGCAAAACAAUUUAAAAAUUGAAACAAUACCCAUUUACGACAUCUCAAAUUUGUCGUUUCUGUUUGUUAGCAAGACCCGUGGAGUAAUUCGUGGAAUUCUUCGGAUCGGUUUAGUGACGCGCGAAUUCCGUGCCCAGGCAAAGCGGCUUAGUUACUUGAUAUAUGAAUAGUAAAAUGCCAUGCUAAUAUUUAUAAUGGUAUUGAAAGAAUACUUUUAAACAAUCAAUACACGGCGUGGUGUUUUUGGUUGGCAAAAUCCAAGUCUCCCAUCCAAAAAAAAUUAUGUGGAGUAUCGGCGUCGAUUGUCUUACGCGCGCGCAUACAACUAGUUUACUCGCAGUUUCUUUUAUUAAUGAUUUAAGUUAACACGCGCAUUUGUAAGUCGAUAUAAUAACUUUGAACUGUCUAUUGGAAAUUAGAAUCACACAAAAUAAAUUUAAAAAGGAAAUCUCUUCGUGGCACACCCAUGAUCAUUCCGCGUCACAGUGGUUGGGAACCACAGGUAUAAGAUAACAUGAAGUAUACAGACAAGUACUUUAAAAUUUAGGAAUACACGCAAAAAAAUUUGUUGAUUACUUCAACAAACGAACGUUGCAGCAAACCGAAGUGAAUAUAACAGAAAGUUAUAAAGAACAAAAAUUACAAGAGCCAGAUUUCAUAGUUAAUCCUCAAAUUAGAAAAGUGGAUCGCUUCUACAAGGGAGAAAUGGCUCCUGGUGUGACAGAAUACAAAAUUGAACCUAGUCUUUCACUUAAAGCAAACGAUGUAGAAGUUGGUAGUUUUAUUUCUCUUCAUGACCUUGUAAUGGAAUUAGCAAAAAAAGACCUCAAUCGAAUUGCUUUGAUUGGACAAGCCGGAAGCGGGAAAACCACGACCAUGAAACGACUUGUUCAAGUUGUUUAUGAAUUACAGCAAGACAAAAAAGGAAACUUGUUCAUAAUAAACGAAGAAUCUACUGAUGAUAAUGUUUCUACUAAGACGCCCUCUGUUGAAACUUUUUCUGAUUCGAUAGCCACUUCAGAAAAUUUAACUUCUGAGAAUUCUUUGGCUGAAACCUUCUCUAUUGAAGAUAGUUCACGUAAACCAUUAGCUAAUACGUCUCUUCAUAAGAGGAAAAAAUUGAAAUAUUUCUUUUUAUUUAUACAUCACAUGAGCAUCAAAGAUAUCUUGAGUUUUAAAGGAAACGGUCGAGAUGAAGCUAUAAGUCCAUGCGACUUACUUUUCGGCGGAAAUAAUUCUGAGCUUUCGCGCCAAGAUUUAGAGGGAGGCUAUGAGUGGGUAAAAAAACACCAGUCACGUUGUAUUCUUCUUCUUGAUGGUUUAGAUCAGGCAACUUGGAGUCUCCACGGAGUACAUAAUAACAUGGAAUACCAUGAUAAAUCUGGCACUGGCACAAUUAUGUACAAUUUCAUAGCACGAAAACUUUUUCCAGAUAUGACCAUUGUUAUUUCUUCACGCGAGCAUCGAAUUGCGUCCCUUUCUUAUGAACUGCGCCCCUCGUUGAUAAUCGCCCUUGCUGGUUUGAAUUCAAACGACAUCAAAAGAUUGUUCAUAGCAGUGGUGGGUGAAAACGGAGAACAAACGUGGGAAAAAUUAGUCCUUCAAUCCCCGGCUCUUGUUUCGUUCUCUUCUGUUCCACUUUUCCUAAUUUUUAAUGCAAUCGUUCACAAAUUCAACCCUGAAAAUCCACCAAAUACAAUCACAGAAGUAAUACUACAAAUACUCCACAUCUUUAUGCGAUCAGGCCACACAUUGGAAAAACAAAUUGUAGAAAUUCUUCGAAGAUUGAUGAAAAUGUCGUUCGAAGGCACGCAAGAAAAACGAGUCAUUUUCAAUAUAAAGGAUCUCAGAAAAGUUAAAAUCCAUUCAGAGGAAGUUCGCGACAUUAUCAUAAAAGUACCCGGAAACAACAUGAUAAACCAACAUCUAAUGGAGGGAGACCACCUGAUGUUUUUCAGUCAUCAAAUCUUACAAGAAGUGUUAACUGCUCUUUAUAUAGCAGACAUGGAGCCCAGCAAAUUUCAUGCAUUUAUUACAAAUAAUAUGCGUGCUGAUCAUUGGGGCGUUGUUCUGCGUUUAUUGGGUGGAGCAGUUCUAAAUCCAGAUAUUGAACAGAAAUUUAUACAAGAUUUUUCUGAUGUGGCAAGAUACGAAGAAAAAAAAAAUAUCUUGAGAGCAUUCCUGAAAACACAGAUAAGCAAAAGUAAGUUGCCAUACCAGCAGUUGAACCUUUUUGGAACCUUAUACGAAGCCAAUGACGUCAGCCUAAUUCGCUCAGCCGUCAAAAGAAUUGAUUUUGUCGGCGCUUCCCUAACUGAGGAAGGAAUCUAUGCAAUGUCAUCUGUGAUGCGGCAAUGUAGUCAACUAGAUCUACUCCGGCUUGCUAAAUGCGGCCUUACUGGUGAGCUAUUUCGAAGAAUGGAAAAGAAUUUAAUUGGUUCAGAAUUGAAGGUAACAGAAUUGGACAUCAGUGGGAAUACAAUGUACAAUGAAUACUGUAGUGCUUUCAGUGCUUUCCUAUCACAUAUUGAUAUUUGUAAACUCACCAUGCAAUAUUGCGAACUAACGGUGAACGGAUUUCGAAAAAUGCAACAACACUCCGGAUCAAAGAUUCACACAUUGGAUGUUCGAUUUAAUGGUGCAAUGACCUCUGAACUGUAUCAUGCAAUUGCCUCAUUUGCAAAAUACAGAGAAGUAGAAGAACUAUUCAUGGAUCGAUGGAAUAUCUUUAAAGCAAAUGAAAAUAUAGUUUCCACAAUUUUCGAAUUGAAAGUAUUGGGCAAAGUAAAUAUGUUUGAUAUCAGUGGCGUAAAAAAUCUUGGCCCAGCUGGUUUUGCUAAAAUUGGAUCAAUCGUUUCGCGAUGUCAACCAAAAGUUCUUCGGGCUCGAGAAUGCAAUUUGACAUCAACGGAAAUGGAGUCAUUGAGACAAAAUAUCUCUGAUAUAAAGCUAAUGGAACUGAAUGUUAGUGGUAACAAAAGACUAGGAACUAAUGGCUUUGGUGAAGUUGGAUCAGUUGCUUCUCUGACUCAGACUAAAGUUCUUUCUGCCUGGGAAUGUAAUUUAACAGCGGAAGGAAUUAAAACUUUCAGGGAAAACACUAAAAAUGCAACGUUCGACGAACUGCUAAUCGGCGGAAAUACCGACCUCGGAAAAGUUGGUUUUGGAGAAAUUGGUUUGGUCACUUCACAAUGUCAAGUAAGGAAACUUAAUGCUUGCGAAUGCAAUCUUACAGCAAGAGAAAUAAAAGCUUUCAAGGAAAAUACUCGCAAUGCAAAGAUGGACACUCUAGUUAUCAGCGGUAACAAAAAUCUGGGUACUGAUGGCUUCGCCGAAUUUGGCCUCGUUGUUUCACAAUGUCAGAUCAAAAAAGUUAGUGCUCAAGAAUGCGACGUGACAGCAUAUGAUCUAAGAGCUUUUCAAGAGAACACGCGUGAUAUCGAGAUAAAGAGAUUGGAUCUAAGCUGGAACAACGUCGUAUUAAUGGGACAAGAAGGAUUGUUUGCAAUCAGUGAUAUUGUCCAUCAAUGCAAAGUUCAAAAACUGAAAAUGUAUAAUUGCAAAUGGAAUACACAGCAUUUGAAAAUAUUUAAAAAAUCAAUCAACGACAUUAAUAUUAACUUCAAGCAUUAGAUUUUGAUCUAAAAAUGCAUUUUUUACGCGAAUAAAAGCUUCACAAUAAUUACACGAAGAAUUUUUCUAUCAAGCCAGACUGUUAUUUUUUGCAUUGAAUCAAAAAGAUACUAAAAAUUAUUUACUAAAAAGUUGAUUGCCUUCUGAUCAAAACUCAAACUCAUUUCUUAGGAUAGUUGUUUUAUUUGAAUUAUGCCAACUUUUAGAUAAUAGCGCCAACAUGCGGAUGUUUAUUGGUAGAUUCAUUCGAGCUAUUUAUUGAUCAGCAAUAAGAUAGAAACAUCGUUAUCGGUUUUGCAUUUAUUUUGUGAUAUUAUAUUUAAUAACUAUAUUAUUUUGAUCAAUCACUAGUUUAUUUUAAAACGUUUUGUGCAUUCCAGGAAAAUUUCAAGCCUCUUUUUUCUGAAUACAUAGUAUUUACACAUAGUAUUUAUGGUCUUAUGGCACAUACAACAUAUGUUGUAAUAUUUCUCAGCAUUAUUUGAUUCCGUUAAUUGAAAUUACUAUUUCCACAUAUUUCAUAGUUUAAAAUAUUUAUUGUAAGUUAAUAUUAUUUCUCAGUUAUUUUUUGUUAUUAUUUUAAUUUGAUCUUGAGCAAAAAUUUUAAACUUUUCCAUUGUGUUCCCGACCUAAUUUGUAACCAUUUUUACGUUUGCAGUUCAUUACAUCAUUUACAUGCACAUUUUCUAGUGCAGGGGUGUCAAACUCCUGGGUUUUUGAGGGCCGCUUUGCAUUAUGGGAAAUGAGCAAAUGGCCGCAAACAGUAAUGCAUACUUGAAGCAUAUUAUUAGAUAGAUGUAGGUUGUGACAUAUAUUGUGAUCCAAUUAAACCGCCGAAUGAAGUUUUG